AUGGAUCGUCGCUCAGCACACACGCCGAUGGACUAUGAGUACUCGAAUGGCACUGGCCCCAUUGAUGAGAGCUCGCCUUUUAUCAUCGCCUCGCGCAACGCGAACGCGCAGAACAAGAAACGGAACUACGGCCUAUUCGACUCGCCGAACAAGUCAACACCCAGCCUCCGGCCUCCAGCCUCCCAAUCCUUCUACUUUUCGCAAGUGCCGUCGGCGAUCGACCACCAAGCCGGACGCAGCAGCCCCACCAAGCCCCUUUCCUCCGUUCCUGAUCAUCUGCGGGACCCCAAGUUCUCGACCCCACGCAAGCCCGUCACCGACUUCAACUUUAGCUCCGGCGGCGAGACACCCGAAACACCCGGAGAUCCUGACGCCGACAACGCCGAUAGCGAGGCCACACCCGACAGCAGCUUCAUGGGCUUCAAGAACCGCUUCAUGGCGGGCGGGAAAAACAAGGACAACGCCAGUCCGACGAAGAGUCCGACGAAGGAGCCCAAGGAACGGCGGAGAGACAGCUGGGUAGGCGGGAUCGCCAAGAUGCUCGGGAGCCCGGCCAAGGAAAAGGACCUGACCAAAAUGCCUUACUCAGACAAGGCGGAGAAGCGUAUCAUCAGGCGCCGGCAGAAGGAAACGGGUCGGAAACGGACCACGGCACGUUCACGGCGCGAUGCCGAGCCCGACUCGGACGACGAAUACAGAAGCAAGGAUGGAAAGAACAACGUCAUUGGUGCAAUUCUGUCAUACAUCGACUCACAUCCAAACCUUCCGCACACCUUGUCCUACUACGCGCAGCUUGUGCUGAACUUCUUUUUCGUCGGUUGCAUCAUCUGCAUCGUCUACUCGUUUUGGAGCGCCAUCCAGAGCGAUGUGAACAUCGAGGCGGACCGCGCUAUUGCAGAGGCAUUGGCGGAGAUGGCUGUAUGCGCAAGGGACUAUCGCGAGAACCGGUGCGAGCCCGCAACACGCGUGCCUGCCAUGGCACAGCUCUGCGACAACUGGCAUGCGUGCAUGAAUCGGGAUCCGAAGAAGGUGGGCCGGGCCAGAGUCAGUGCGCAUACGUUUGCGACCAUCUUCAACAGCUUCAUCGAGCCUAUCAGCUGGAAAGCCAUGUUCUUCUGCCUCAUAAUCGUCAUCGUCUGCCUCUUCGUCAACAACAUCGCCUUUACCAAGUUCCGGAACACUCACCCAGUUCACCAUCAGCAGGGCCAUCCAGACCCCUCUCAACAAUACCACCAGCAAUGGCAACAGCAAAACCAGUGGGGCGUCCCACCCACCCCGCAACGGUACCCCAGCGGCGGUCCAUGGGACACUCCAGGUCAUCCGAUGAUGAUUGGAGGUUUUUAUCAGACGCCAGCUCACCACUCGAUGCAGCAAGCCGGAGGCUUCGAGCCGCGGCCGAGCCAAACUCCUAGCGGACCGGGAGGUCACCAGCAACCUACUAGAAGUGCGAGUCCAGUGAAGCGGCUACAAUUUUAG